AUGUCUCAGGACUCUCAGGAUAUCGGGACUGCAACCACUGCGAUAGAGUCUGCGCCAGAUGCCAAAACUCGAAGAUAUGAUCGUCAACUCCGUCUGUGGGCAGCCACUGGACAGAGUGCAUUAGAAUCUUCUCGAGUACUGGUGAUAUCUGCAUCUGCAACUUCAACUUCAAUCUUGAAGAAUCUUGUUCUUCCUGGCAUCGGACACUUCACUGUCCUUGAUCACGCAAAGGUGUCACACUCUGAUGCCGGGAACAACUUCUUCUUAGAAGGAUUCAAUAGUAUUGGAAAAUCUAGAGCAGAAGAGGGCGUCAAGCUUUUAAACGAGCUAAAUGAUGGUGUUGAAGGUCGCGCAGAUACUAGAACUCUCGAGGACAUCCUCGAGUCGCAGCCUGAGUGGAUCACUUCGUUCACUAUCGUCGUUGCCCAUAACCUAGACCAUUCACUCUUGCAAAAGCUCUCAGCACUCCUUUGGAAAGACGCAAAAUACCCGCCUCUUGUGGUCGUCCGAUCAGCUGGAUUCCUCGCAGAUUUCUACAUUCAAUUCCAUGAACACACAAUCAUCGAAAGUCACUCGGAAACUUCUCCUUCUCUUCGCAUCGACAAACCAUUCCCAGCUUUGAGAAAUCACGCCCUGUCGUUGGAGUUUGACAAAAUGGACCCGACAGAGCACGGUCACAUACCCUAUGUGGUGAUUUUAGUUCGUGCGCUCGAAGAUUGGAAGAAAUCCCAUGGCGGUAGUCCACCGAAAUCAUAUGAGGAACGACAACAAUUCAAGAAAGGGGUCCUUGCACUGAAGGUGAAAGGGGACGAAGAAAACUUUGACGAAGCAGAAGCACAGGCGUACAGAUGUUGGACGGAAACCAAGGUUCCUUCGGAAAUCGCGGCCCUUUUUAGUGAUCCCGCGAUAUCCGCUGAAUCCCUGAGCGACAACCAUUCGCCCUUCUUCCAUCUUCUUGCUGCCCUGAAGGAGUAUACUGAGAAAUCUGACAUACACACGCUCCCUCUCACAUCAACCCUGCCAGAUAUGAAGUCUGACACCCAUAACUACAUACAUCUGCAGCGACUUUACAAGGCGAGGGCAGAAGAAGAAAAACAAGCUUUCAAGACCUAUCUUCGUGUACCGGUCGAUGAUGACAUGGUUGAUUCGUUCGUCAAGAAUGCGCAUGCGCUGGUUGUUGUCAGAGGCAAACCUUGGGGUACGUUCGAUGAAGACAAAGCCGCUUUAGUGGAAUCAUUAUCAAUCAUGCCGAAGGAGACAUGCAUACAUCUAGCGCUUUCUGCACUUUCGUUGCUUCAAGCGAGUGACACCUCAGUGUCACCAUCACCAGAAUCCAUUCGGGCGAUGAUGGAGUCCAUUGUCGGACAGUCUACUGAGCUUCCUAACGAGGCUGAGGAUGCCAUUGGUGAGAUUGCUCGAGCGCCUUUUUCCGAGCUACCCAAUACUGCAGCUUUCCUUGGCGGUAUGGUUGCUCAAGAGGUGAUCAAGAUGAUCACGAAGCAAUACGUGCCUGUGAGGGGUUACUGUGUGAUCGACCUGAUUGAGACAUGGACAGGAACUAUCGGUGCAUGA